CACUGAUCUUUCACACAGAAAACGCCUGCAGCACACUCAACACAACACAAGGAGAUGGGAAGGAGUCCUUGUUGUCUUAAGGAAGGUUUGAACAAAGGAGCAUGGACUGCUAUGGAAGACAAGAUUCUCACCGAAUACAUUCAGAUUCAUGGCGAAGGAAAAUGGAGACACCUCCCCAAAAGAGCAGGUCUUAAGAGAUGUGGGAAAAGUUGCAGGCUAAGAUGGUUGAAUUAUUUAAAGCCUGGUAUUAAAAGAGGAAAUAUCACCAAUGAUGAAGAAGAGCUUAUUAUCAGGCUUCACAACCUUCUUGGAAACAGGUGGUCUUUGAUUGCUGGACGGCUUCCAGGACGAACAGACAAUGAAAUCAAGAACUACUGGAACACCAAUAUUGGAAGGAAACUAAAUCAAAGUGGUGGUGCCUCAAAAUGCUCCAUGACAAAUUGUGGUGCACGAAGCUCAUUAGUUCAACAUGAUCAAAACAUCGUGAAAACAAAAGAGUGGCGUUGUCCUUGCCCAAAUAAGGGUGUUGUCCAGACAAAAGCUACAAGGUGGACUAAAGAAAUGAUCACCACUCAGUUACAAAAUGAAAGGGCUGCUGAGAGCAAUGUUGUUGUUAAUGAUAACAAAAUGAUCAAGGGAUCACCGGUAUCUUCACCUUCUUCAGAGAAUAACAAUAUUGAUAAUCCUUUGGAUUUCAUGGCAGAUUUUGAGAUUGAUUGUGAUUUCUUUACGGAGUUACUCAAGAUGGAUUUACCUGAACUAUCUUCCUUCGGAAAUAACAUGCUGCAAGGUAAUAAUGGUAACCCUAGUACAGUUGAGUUUGACAAUGGUAAUUUGUCUCCAGGAUCAUCCGAUGAAAGUCACUUCCCUUGGGGUGAUUCUUUAUAUGAUAGUACAGGUUUUGAUUUUCAAUCAGUGGCAACUUUUAUGGAGUUCGGAUUGGAUUGGCUAUGAAAUAGGAAGUUAAGAGAGAAUGAAUUCAGGGUGUGUGUUUUGGUCUUUAUCGGGUGUAAAGACCGUCUCAGAAUUUCAACUUGUGUCCAGUUGGUCUUUACCACCAGACCAGCAUGUUCUUGGAAAUUCAA